AUGCUGCCCGCCAAGCUCGGGGGCGGCCUCUGCCGCCUGUCCGCCUACUUGGAAGAACUGGAAGCUGUGGAACUGAAGAAGUUCAAGUUGCACCUGGGGACAGCAGCGGAGCUGGGGGAAGACAGGAUCCCCUGGGGACGGAUGGAGACGGCCGGGCCCCUGGACGUGGCGCAGCUCCUGGUGGCCCACUGUGGGCCAGAGCGGGCCUGGCAGCUGGCUCUCAGCGUCUUUGAGCAGAUGCACAGGAGGGACCUGUGGGAGAGAGGACAGAGAGAGCACCCGGCCGGGGAUGCUGCGCCUGGCGGCCCGUCUUUGCUGGGGAGCCACCCAGCAUGCCUUCUGGAGGUAUCUCCGGAUGCCCCAAAGCCAGAUCCCCGGGAGGCCUACAGGGAUUACGUGCGCCGGAAGUUCCGGCUGAUGGAAGACCGCAACGCGCGGCUGGGGGAGUGCGUGAACCUCAGCCACCGCUACACCCGGCUCCUCCUGGUGAAGGAACACUCCAGCCCCUUGCGGGCCAAGCAGAAGCUGCUGGACACGGGCUGGGGACACGCGAGGAGCAGGGGCUACCAGGCCAGCCCCAUCCGCGUGGAGAUGCUCUUCGAGCCAGACGAGGAGCGGCCGGAGCCGCCGCGCACCGUGGUUCUGCAGGGGGCGGCGGGCAUGGGGAAGUCCAUGCUGGCCCACAAGGUGAUGCUGGACUGGGCCGACGGGCGGCUCUUCCAGGACAGGUUCGAUUUCCUCUUCUACGUCAACUGCAGGGAGAUGAACCAGGCCGCCCCGGAGCAGAGCGCGCAAGACCUGCUGGCCAGCUGCUGGCCGGAGGCCGGCGCGCCCUUGCGGGAGCUGGCGCAGCUCCACGGGCGCCUCCUCCUGAUCCUCGACGGCUUUGACGAGCUCAAGCCCUCCUUCCACGAGGCUCAGGGCCCCUGGUGCCGCUGCUGGGAGGAGAAGCGGCCCACGGAGCUCGUGCUCAGCAGCCUGAUCCGGAAGAAGCUGCUGCCGGAGCUGUGCCUGCUCGUCACCACCCGGCCCUCGGCGCUGGAGAAGCUGCAGCGGCUGCUGGAGCACCCCAGGCACGUGGAGAUCCUGGGCUUCCCGGAGGCGGAGAGGAAGGAGUACUUCCUCAGGUACUUCCAGGACGCCGCGCAGGCAGCCCAGGCCUUCGGCUUCGUGCGGGACAGCGAGCCGCUGUUCACCAUGUGCUUCGUGCCCAUGGUGUGCUGGGUCCUUUGCACCUGUCUCAAGCAGCAGCUGGAGGACGGGGGGCUUCUGGGACAGACGUCCAGGACCACCACGGCGGUGUACACGCUCUACCUGCUGAGCCUGCUGCAGCCCAAGCCGGGGACCCCCGCCCCGCGGCCCCCGCCCAACCAGAGGGGGCUCUGCUCUCUGGCGGCCGAUGGCCUCUGGGCUCAGAAGGUUCUGUUUGAAGAGCAGGACCUGCAGCGACAUGGCCUGGACGGGGCGGACGUCUCCGCCUUCCUCAACAUGAACAUCUUCCAGAGAGACAUCAACUGUGAGAAGUUCUACAGCUUCAUCCACUUGAGUUUCCAGGAGUUCUUCGCGGCCAUGCACUACGCCUUGGAAGGCACCGAGGGCGGGGCAGGCUCGGACCGGAACCUGGCCCGGCUGCUGGCCGAAUACGGGUUCUCGGAGAGGAGCUUCCUGGCCCUCACCGUCCGCUUCCUGUUCGGACUCCUGAGCGAGGAGACGAGGAGCUACCUGGAGCGGACCCUGUGCUGGAAGGUCUCGCCCCAGGUCAAGGAGGCCCUGCUGUGGGCGAUCCAGAGCAAAGCCCGGAGCGAGGGCUCCACCCUGCAGGCCGGCUCCCUGGAGGUCUUCAGCUGCCUGUACGAGAUCCAGGAGGAGGAGUUCGUCCAGCAGGCCCUGAGCCACUUCCAGGUGGUCGUGGUUGGCCACAUCGCCACCAAGAUGGAGCAUAUGGUGUCCGCGUUUUGUGCCAAGCACUGCAGGAGCGCCGUGGUGCUGCACCUGCACGGGGCUGCCUACGGCAUGGGUGCGGACGACAGCACAGGAUGGACCGGGGCCCAGACACCACUGGCAGAGCCAGCCGAGAAGAGCAUCCUGCCCGACGCCUACAGUGAGCAUCUGGCCACAGCCCUGUGCUGCUGUCCUGACCUGGUGGAGCUGGCCCUGUACCGCAACGCCCUGGGAAGCCGCGGGCUGCGGCUGCUCUGCCAGGGCCUCCGACACCCCGGCUGCAGACUCCAGAACCUGAGGCUGAAGAGGUGCCGCAUCCCCAGCUCCGCCUGCAGGGACCUCGCCGCCGCUCUCACAGCCAACCGUCACUUACUACGGCUGGAUCUCAGCGGCAACAGCCUGGGGCUUCCGGGCCUGGAACUGCUCUGUGGGGGACUGCGGCACCCCCGGUGCAGGCUGCAGAUGGUCCAGUUGAGGAAGUGCCUGCUGGACGCGGGGGCCUGCCAGGAGCUCGCCUCCGUGCUCUGCACCAACCCACACCUGGCAGAGCUGGACCUGACAGGAAACGCCCUGGAGGACGCGGGCGUGGGGCGGCUGUGUCAGGGUCUGCGGCACCCAGGCUGCAGGCUCCGGACUUUGUGGCUGAAGAUCUGCCGGCUCACCGGGGCAGCCUGCGGAGAGCUGGCCACCACCCUCCCCGUGAACCUGAGCCUGGUGGAGCUGGACUUGAGUCUGAACGACAUUGGGGACCCCGGGGCGCUGCUGCUGUGCGAGGGGCUCAGGCACCCCUCGUGCAGACUCCACACCCUCCGGCUGGGCAUCUGCCGGCUGGGCUCCCCUGCCUGUGGGGGCCUCUCCACCGUGCUCCAGGCCAACCCCCACCUGCGGGAGCUGGAUCUGAGCUUCAACGACUUGGGAGACCCUGGCGUGUGGCUGCUGGGAGAGGGGCUGCGACACCCCACGUGCAGACUCCAGAAACUGUGGCUGGACAGCUGCAGCCUCACGGCCAAGGCUUGCGAGGACCUCUCCUGCACCCUGGCGGCCAGCCAGACCCUGACUGAGCUCUACCUGACCAACAACGCCCUGGGGAACACGGGGGUCCUGCUGCUGUGCAGGCGGCUCCGGCAUUCCAGCUGCAAGCUCCGUGUCCUCUGGCUGUUCGGAAUGGACUUGAACAAGCUGACCCACAAAAGGCUGGCGGCGCUGCGCGCGAUGAAGCCCUACCUGGAUAUCGGCUGCUGA